AUGUCGGAAAGAAAGCACCCUAACGAACUCAACCUGCCUUCAUGCCCGGAUGGAUCCAGGGAGAAGCAAUACUUGGAGGACGAAGAGGAUGAGGAGGUGGAAUUCAAGGAAGGCUACCAAGAAGCCCGGAUUCAAGUCCUUUUGGCCGUUGCUUAUUCGGCAGGCCUAGGGGGGACGGGCACUCUCACCGGGUCGACUCCAAAUCUUCUCCUUAAGGGAUUCGUGGACGAGAUAUAUGGAUCUGAUGCAGGACUGAAUUAUGGAUCUUGGCUGGCCUUCAGUGUCCCAGGGAUGCUACUCAAUGUCAUCCUCGCCUGGCUCUGGCUCCAUGGCAUUUUCCUCCUAGCCCAAUGGUGGAAUCGUCGGAAGCACCCAGAGAAAAGCGUGCCGAGUCAAAGCGAAACGAGAAAAGUAGAAAUAGCUACUCGUGCUGUGAUCGACAAGAAGUACAAGGAACUCGGAUCCAUUUCUUUCCACGAAUGCAUGACUCUAAUCUUGUUCAUCCUCCUCGUCCUGCUUUGGUUCUUCAGAGAUCCGCAGUUUACCAGUGGAUGGGGCGAAUUGAUCAAAAGCGAUAGGGGUUUGAAAAUCGGAGAUGCAACUUCUUCCAUACUCAUCUCCUUUCUCUUCUUCAUCAUCCCCGCAAAUCCAAAAUUUUGGUGCUUCCGAGAAUCAUCAGAUAAACCGUCGGAAUCGAGCCCGGCCCUUCUCAAUUGGAGGAUCCUCCACGAGAAGAUCCCCUGGGGGUUGAUCUUCCUUGUUGGAGGGGGAUACGCGAUAGCGGAGGCCUCUAAGACAUCCUGCUUGUCCUAUUUCCUUGGUCAGCAGAUGGGAAAUCUGGAUUUCAUGUCACCAGCACUCCUCGUCUUCAUCGUCACUCUUACGACGGCCAUGAUAACGGAAGUGGCUUCCAACACGGCCACGGCUACCAUCCUCAUUCCCGUCCUUGCACAGCUUGCGAGUACGAUAAAGGUGAAUCCUCUAUACUUGAUGAUGCCAGCGACUGUCGCUUGCUCCUACGCCUUCAUGCUCCCAGUGGCAACCGCACCUAAUGCCAUAGUCUACGAGGCCACCCAGAUGAAGACCAUCAGCAUGAUUAAGGCCGGGUUUGCCAUGAACGUGAUCUGCGUGACAGUGAUCAACCUGAUGAUCAACACGAUAGGGCGUGGGCUCUUCGACUUCUCCCAAUUUCCUGAAUGGGCAGAAAAGGCGAUCCUCUCCACCUCCACUUCUCAAUGCAACUACACACUCUCCUAGCAAUUCCAGACGUAUAUUUCUGCUAUCGUUUGCCUUGUCAUCCCGUGCCUUUUUGUACCUGGUGCAUUUUCCAAGGGCUCCAUACGCAGCUCAGACAGUACGUUUAGUG